AUGGCUGCCUCCGCUAUUCCCUCCAACGGGUUGAUCGACCCAAACAAACAAGCCGAAUACCCGAUAAUACUGGGCGACAAGUUGGCGGGAAAGAAGGAUGCCUCGCGUUCCAAGUUUGUCCAUAUACAGUACAACCACAAGUCGAAGUCCACGAAUCCGCUGCAGCGAUCCGUCAUCAAACCCUCUCGCGUCAAAGACCAAUAUAAUCUGACGAUCACCGACGGAUCACAGAAUGCCGACCAUGUGUAUAAAGGUAGCGUGGACCCUGAGCAGGCUGUUUCAGGGUCGGAGGAGAACAAUCUGGUUUUGGUGUUCGAUGCCGAACGCAAGGCGUUCGUCCUGGAGCCGGUCGCAGCUCAGCUCAACUUCAAUCUUCGCUCGGCUCCGGCCAGGACAAGUAAACAAGUGCUUGAACUGCGUCAGUUGCGGACGUUGCAGGAGGACGACCACGCCUCGGGGGACGACAUGAGCGGAAAUGACGAUGGUCCGGCGGAUGACAGCAACCCAUAUGAUUUUCGCCAUUUUCUUCCCAAAGACAAUGCUGAAGACGACAACAAGUCGGCCUCAGACAAUGCGACCCCCGAACCGUAUUCCGCACCGAGCAAAGGCAAUACUCCUUUGCUGAUGCCAACGGCUAAGAGGCCUACUGCGAGCCCGAAAAUAAAGUCCACUCCCAGCCCAAAGCUCAAACCUACUCCGAGUCCGAAGCCGAGGCCCAAAUCGCAAGCGAAUCCUUUGCGCCAGACCAAACGCCCGACCGCACCGGCGAAACCAGACAACGCAACGAGCUCUAAACCCAAUCCAAAGCCCAAGCCUCAUGUCCCGGAGAAGGCGAAACAGCUGGACGGACUUGGGGUGGAAAUGCCAAAGACGUCCCCGCCGCCCGAUCUUGGAACGGGUGCGAUAUCGGCCCAUAAAGCAGUUCCGUCGCCUGGGACAAAUAUCAUCGUCGAUGGAGAUCUAAUCAUUGACAUGGGAUCGCCACCUCCUUCACGGCCCCGCUUCAACAUCAACCCCGCGCACUUCUCGUCGAACAACACUCCAGGAAUGGAUGUCGGCGAUGACAACGAAGACGAAGAAGAAGAGAUCGAGGAUCUACGACUCCCGUCUCCCGCUGGACAUGGGGGCCGACCCGCAGCGCCUGGAAGGACGCAGCCCGUGUCGCACGUUCCGGUGACCGAAGAAGAAGUUGAAGACGACGAUGCGUUGGCCGCAGAGAUGGAAGCAGCCUUCGAGGAAAGCGCCCGAGAAGAAGAAGAAGCUCGAAGCCAGCCUUCUCAGCAAGAGGCAUCAUCGCAUCAGUACCACAUCCCUAGUGAAGAUGAGAGUGAAGUGAGCGAGGAAGAGUAA